UCCCCCUCUGAAUAUAUGCAAGUCCCUUUGCGUUCUACAAGGCUGCAUUGUUACGGGGUAGGCAUGUUCGGAAUUAAUCAAGUCUGGGAGUGAUUCUACAGUAGCUGUACUAAGACCUUGGAAGAGGGACUUAACUAUUGUCACUAAGGGAUUCCCAAGUUCUGUGUAAGUCAGCAUUCUUGGUUGUUCUCUGUGUCUGGAAGACCUUCUUAGUGUAGAUUCUUCUUGUUCACAGUUCUGACCAUGUGUUGUUUCUGUACUAGCCAACUGUUCUUGUAUCUCUUCUUCUUGACUCGUGCUUGGGUCAUCCAAGGUUGAGGUAGGUUCUGAAUUUGUGCUGUCAGAUGGGUUCUACGUUUUUUUUUUUUUUGGUAAUUCUAUACUAAGACUACAAAACAUACGUCAUUUCCUGCUUCCGCCGAAAAUAUCUUAAAGAUGGCGGUGCCCAACAAAAAGCAUGCGAGCCAGCCCUGUGUUAUUCCAGGAGGAUUUACUGUACUGGAUAUAAAGUUUACUAAGAAUAGUCCAGCGGCACACCAGCUGUUUGUGAAGGAACACAAGGUUCGAUUAGAAAAAACGUCGAGCAGACCCUUGGACAGAACACUGUUUGUUCUCAACAUUCCACCUUACUGCACAGAGGAUGUCAUAACCCGGCUAUUCUCUCAGUUUGGGGCUAUUCAAUCCGUGGAGCUGAAAGAUAAACCGGGCCACCCUGAGCCCACUGAGCAAAAACUUUCAAAAUAUUUCACCACUAAACAAAAACAGGGAUUUUCAGUGGGGUACAUCGUUUACACAAAGCCAUCAGGUGUAACAGCUGCCAAAACCCACCCUCAAAAUGUGCCCUUAAUUGUUUCCACUGAGGAUCAUCCAGUAAGAACAGGUCUACACAAAUGGAUACACCAAUACAGCCAGUCAUUUGUGCAGCCAGACACACUUCAACAGGCAGUUGAUUACUUUAUGAGUGACUAUGAUCGGAGGAAAGAGGAGGAUGCUGAGAGAAAGAAGAAGGAGGCAGAACAACAGGAGGAGGAUGAGGAAGGCUGGGUUAAAGUAACUAAAGGUGCCAAGGGCACCAAGGUCCGACCUCACAGCGAGGCAGCUGACAAGAGGGCCCUGGAGAAGGAGGGAAAGAAGACAAAACGGAAGGAACUGUUACGUUUCUACAGUUGGCAGCACAGAGAGUCACAAAGAGAACAUAUUGCAGAGCUUCGAAAGAAGUUUGAAGAGGACAAGCAAAAAAUUGCUUUGCUCAGAGCACAAAGGAAAUUCAAACCAUACUGACUUUUACAUUCAUCCUACAGACUCGGAUUUCAUUAUAUAUUCAGUUUAUGUUAAGUUGUCAGGCAAACCAUUUUUUUUUUUUUGCAAUAUUGGGUAUUUUAAGAUUUAUUCAAACAGUGAUGCCUAUUGCCUUGGACACUGCUUGUAAAUUCUUUAUUGUAUAGCAUAUCUUGGUUAUACAAAAAAAAAAAUUAACAGUGGUAAUACAAUAUUCUUAGUUGGAAUGUGCUCUGUAUAUCUGUGUAUACAAUCAUACAUCAUUAAAAUGGCUUAGUACUUUCAA